AUGGAGAACCUCCGUGCAAGCACCAAGGUCAUUGUGGUCGGAGGUGGUGGUACGAUGGGCUCAUCGACUGCGAUGCACCUCAUUCGCUUCGGAUAUACUCCCUCCAACAUCACCGUCCUAGAUGUGUAUCCCCUCCCAUCCGCCCAGUCGGCAGGUCAUGAUCUAAAUAAGAUCAUGAGCAUUCGCCUCCGUAAUGGACCAGAUCUGCAAUUGUCACUUGAGGCGUUGGAUAUGUGGAAGAAUGACCCUUUAUUCAAACCAUUCUUUCAUCAAGUCGGCAUGAUUGACUGCUCGUCAUCCGAAGAAGGAAUUGCUGGUCUUAGACGAAAGUACCAGUCGCUUAUCGAUGCGAAUAUCGGGCUUGAGAAGACAAAUACCUGGCUAGACGACGAAGAUGAGAUCCUGGCAAAAGCGCCACAAUUUACCAGGGAGCAGAUCAAGGGAUGGAAGGGUUUGUUCUGCGGUGACGGCGGCUGGCUAGCUGCAGCAAAGGCUAUUGAUGCGAUUGGAGAAUUUCUCUGCAAACAAGGUGUCAAGUUUGGAUUUGGCGGAGCUGGAACAUUCAAGCGACCAUUAUUCGCGGCAGAUGGUGUUACCUGCGUCGGCGUGGAAACUGCAAACGGGACACAAUAUCUCGCUGACAAAAUAGUCUUGGCUGCAGGCGCUUGGAGUCCGACGUUAAUUGAUCUAGAAGGCCAGUGUGUUUCGAAGGCCUGGGUAUUUGCCCACAUCCAACUCACACCACAAGAAGCGGCCAAGUACAAAAAUACUCCCGUUGUGUAUGAUGGUGAAUAUGGCUUCUUCUUCGAGCCAAACGAGCACGGAGUGAUCAAAGUCUGCGACGAAUUCCCCGGUUUCUCUCGUUUCAAAGAACACCAGCCCUACGGGGCCUCUUCUCCGAUGCUGAUUUCAGUCCCGCGGUCCCACGCAAAACAUCCUACCGAUACCUAUCCCGAUUCUUCUGAAAUCACCAUUCGAAAAGCCAUCGCAAGAUUCCUUCCUCAAUUCACAAGCAAGACUCUAUUCAAUCGAAGCAUGUGCUGGUGCACGGAUACUGCUGAUGCCAACUUGUUGAUUUGCGAGCAUCCGCGGUGGAAGAAUCUGAUCGUGGCUACGGGGGACAGUGGUCACAGUUUCAAGCUCCUACCAAAUAUCGGCAAGCGUAUCGUUGAACUACUCGAAGGGUCUCUGUCGGAAGACUUGGCGAGGGAAUGGAGAUGGAGACCGGGCGGUGAUGCACUAAAGUCCCGCCGAGCUGCUCCCGCAAAAGAUCUCGUUGAUAUGCCAGGCUGGAAACAUGAUGCUAAGCUAUGA